GAAAUAUGAAAAAUGGCUCAUCUUACCCCACUUUCGCCUAUUUGUCCUCUCUAAUUUAUUGAUAAAACACCUUGAUUGACAUGCUCCUGUUUCCUGAACAGUCCUGAAGUCAUGUCAUUAGAUAAGCGCAGUGACGUCCAGAAGGUGGGAGCUGUUUCUGAACGUGGCCAACGGGCUCCUGCUGCUGCUGCUGCUGCUGCUCUCAAGCUAGCCUGUCAAACACAACCAACACAGCCAACAUGGCGGACUGGGGUGAGAAACUAACUUGGGAAGGAUAGCUGUCUGUGCACAAUCCGCUCCCACCAUCUUUUGAUAUUUUAACUAAACUAACCCCUCAAUUGAUGUCAAACUCGGUUCGUUUGAUGUGAAUUGGCUUAACAAGAUUCAUGUUGUCCCUUUUUUACAGACGCUGAGAACUUCGAGCCGGAGGAGCCGAUUAAAAAGGCGGCAGUGAUCGACAAAUGGGAAGGCGAAGACGAGGAAGAAGACGUUAAGGUGAUUUAACCGCACGAGUUUGGAGGAUCGAGGUCAACCGUCGUGUGUCAGGUUAACGUUCUGUCAGCUGAUAACUCGAGGUAACGUCGAGUCGAAGCAUCGUCGCUGCCCGCUUUGAUGCCAUGCUUCACCGCUGUCUCCGCCCGCCUGUCAAGCCUCUUAGCCCGUGUUAGCUCCGUGCUAGCGGCGGCUAACUCAUGUGGGCUCUCACUCAAGAGUUAGCUAACGUUUGGCUACGGCGCGGCAUUCAAGUGUCCUGAAUCGCCGUUAAGAUCGUGAAUUGUCUCUAUCAAACGAGAUGUACAAUGCUAAUGUUCGCUUGUUAUAUGUCACUGAUAUUCAGCGUGUAUUUCGUCAAAAGCCGGUUAAAGUUGGAUAACAGGAUAACGUAGCCGGAAGCUAACCGGGCCACUCAGCUAGCAAACUCGCGUAUCAGUUUGCGCCUGAAAAUGAGCUUUAGUGUCAACGAAGGUGUCUGAAGCUUGAGUUGUUGUUAGUACCCGGCGGAAGUGUGCUUAAUGAAGACUGUUAUGCCAUCCUCUCCCCAAAGUUGGGUCCAUUACAUGAUUAAAAGAGAUUAACAUUUGCGUCCUGCCCUGAAUUCCUACAGCUUGAGUUACGUUCAGCAUGAGGCGGCGUUAGCUUCCUCACCAACUUUAGCCACAAUCAGAUGAAAUCAUCAUCUGGGUCGAUGACUCAACUCGAGCUAAGAGCUAAGGCCUAGAAGUUUCCUAAUGUACAACAGGCGUGUGUUAGGGAACAAUUACUCGGUUGACACUUCGGUACGAGUGGUCAUUGCCCGAGUGUUGGCAUCUUUCCUAUCCAGAAACCUCAGAAUAAUCGACCCAGCGAAACUGCUGGAGAAGGCCUCUGCGAUUGUGUCGUCCAGUCACAUAUGGUGCCCAAAAUGAAAGAAACUGAUGGUAAAUAUCCUCUAUAGUGCACACUUUGUGAUUUGUAAGCACCCUGACCAACCGUAAUAAUAUGAACACCUGGGCAUUUUAAAGCAACUAAACAAAAACUGUACAAUUUGGUAAACUUUCAGGAAACUUCUACAGCUCUAUGUGUUUGGUGACAUGACCAAAGAGAAAUAUAUUGUGUGUAUGAUUGGAGAUGUUGUUGGUAGUGGUGGUUGUGUACUGGACUGUGUUAUAUUGUCAGGUUUUGCUCACUUGAUAUUAGAAUCUCCUUUUCAAGCACACCGCUGGCACCCACUACUACUUCCAACAAUUCAUACAAAUACUUAUCACCUGUCUUGCCAUUCACAGCAUACCUUAAAAUGUAGUAUCCUUAUGUGUAAAUCAUAGCAAGUACAAUGUAAAGUUUAAGAUCUAAAUUUUGGGAGACUCUUAGUUAAUAAAUGGUGGUAAAGGCAUAGUAUUUCAGUUUGACUCUUAUUACGUGAAUAUUAUCCGCCUGUAGUAGUGUUGCAUCAGACUCUCUGGCGACCAUCCAGUAAUGUGAUUGAACUUGGUUUUUGUUGUAGUUCCCUAACAGUAGAUGUGAAUAAGUUAUUGGGGAUGAGGGACUGGUUGAGAUAAAUCUUGGGAUACUUUCACUCUAAACAAAUUUAUUUUCUAUUCAGUGAAUUAAGUGCCCUUUCGAACAAAUACAUUACCUGAUAUUUAAGGAAAGCAAACAAAAACAUGAUCAACUUUAUUUUGUUUGCUUGGAUGUUGUAGAAGACUAAAUGAUACAUUCCUAGUAGAUGCACACUUGACAGACAAUGAUUUUGAAGUGUCGUUCAUCUCCAUUAUCAAGGUCUUGCUCAACACACUCAGCUCUACUUUUUACUCUAGAUUCCUGUGGUUUUUGUGUGUCUGAAUUGAUUUGAGCUCAGAUCUGUUCAAUUGUGUCUUCUGUUAGUCAGGUCAGAUUUGUGUUUGAAGUGUAAGAUUUAUUUGCAUAGGAAGUGGCCUUGUCUUUGUGCCUGUGGUCACUGCUGUUUAUCUUUUAUGUCUUAGCCAUACCGUCUUAGUUAUUGUUGAAGGCAUCAUAUUUAUAAUCUCUUUUUUUGUGUGUACAUUUUUGCCAGUAACUAUCUUAAUUUACUACAUUUUUCAACAUGGAUGUGGUGUGUUUGCUCACAUAGUUCGCUUGCAUAACAUGCAUAAUGAAACAUCACCCUUUCUCUCCACAGGAUAACUGGGAUGAUGAGGAGGAGGAGGAUGAGUCCAAAAAAGGAGAGGGGACAAAAACAGGUAUGUUUUCUGUGUUCCUGUUUUACAAGAACAUAACUGAUUGUAUUUUAUGUUCCUGAACAAAUCCAUGUGUUAUCUUCUUUUUCGUGUGUAAUUAUUCCAUUAUGUAACCUUUCAGAGACAAAGGUUUCUGAGAAGAAAAAGUUGAGUGAGAAGAUCAAAGAGAAGGAAAACCGGCUAAAGAAAAAACAGCAAGAGCUCAAAGAGAAAGAACUCCAGGAGAAAGUGAGUGUAUUUUAUUUGGAACUGUUUUCAUACACAUUUCUUUUUUUCCCUAUUUCAUCCACGAUGAUGUGUGAUUUUGACCCCUUUUUACCUUUGACUACAGCAAGAAGAUCUAACACCUGAAGAAGAACUUGCAAUGAAGUUAAGAGCGAAGAAAUUACAGGAAGACUCUGACUUGGAGCUAGCUAAAGAUGCUUUUGGUAAGACAGUAUCAGCCAAAAAAAGCCAUCAAAUUUAGAAAACUGUUUUGUUUUUAGGCUUUUACAUACUGCAGCAUAUGAUUAAUUUGAACAUAUUUACUCAUUCUUUAUGGUUUUAUCAUUUGAAAAAAUAAUAAAAUGCAUUUUUUCAAGUACACAGGACAAGUUUUAUUUGAAUCCUUUUAGUUUUUAACCCAAGCAGAUUAGCUAUAAAAUAUUUCUGAUUAGUGUUAUUUUAACAAUUUGUUGUAACUAUACAACUGUCUCAAACUUUGGAAAAUGUAGAGAAGUGUUACCUUCAACUUGAAAUCUGUUUAUUUUAUCGCCUUGCAUUGAGUGUUAUGUCCACGGCAAAUGCUAUGCAGUUGUAAAAUGAUCUCAUCAAGGCUCCAUUGUGAACAAACAGCACAGUGGUAACACUCUAAAAAUAAUGGUGAACUAAUCUCUAUGUAUAUAUUUGCUGAUUACUGUCAUCCCACUGUCAUCUCUGAAUUCAACCUGACCAAACAUGCCUCAGCUAGAUUAUUUGUGUAGACACAGGCAACACACGAGGUCCAUCUGUGACUUGGAUGUAGGAUUCUGUACUGUUUGAUGUCAUGUUGACAUUUUGUCUUUUUUUCAGGUGUUAGCAGCACUUCAAACAGUGUCACUGGCAUUGACGCCAUGUGUCCCUCCUCCAAAGAAGACUUCACAGAGUUUGAAAAAUUGCUGAAAGAAAAGAUAUCCCAGUUUGAAAAAUCUGUGCAUUACUCAAGUUUCUUGGAUUCAUUGUUUCGGGAACUCUGUAUUUCAUGUAAGACCAGCAUCUUUCACUUACUUGAUUGUUUUUUGAAACCAAAGCAGGCAUGUUUAUUAACAAUAUCCCUUCUUCUCUUUACAGUGGAAGUAGAUGACUUGAAGAAAAUCAGUAAUUCCUUGUCUGUCCUACUUAGUGAAAAACAGAAACAAGAAAAAGUGAGUAACUGCACGUGUGAACUCAGAUUCUGAAAGUGAAUACUCAGGAGGGGGUGCUGUUUACCGAGCCUUGUCACCUGAUCUGUGCUCAGAGUAGAACUGGCCAGUACUCACUCUGUUAGACAUUAACCACAUCAAACCACAGCAGUGUGUGAGAGUAUUCUAAAUUAGUAUUCAUAAGUGUUAUUUUAGUGGCUGAAUUGAUUUUUGCUAAAUUGAAGCAGUGAUUGAUCACAUCUUGUCCUGGAUAUGAAGUCAAGAAUAUUACACACACCUUCUAAAGUGACUUGUGAUUUUUCAUUACAGCAAAACAAAGGAAAGAAAAAGAAGAAAGGAGUCGUACCUGGAGGUGGUUUGAAAGCACAGAUGAGAGAUGACCUUGACUAUGCGGAGUUUGACGGUGGCUAUGCCCAAGACUAUGAGGACUUCAUGUGACACUGGCUCCAUCACAACUGCCCUUUCCCCUUCUCAACCCUCAGAAAUGCAGCUGUACCUUCUCAUGCUGUCCAGUGCCAUCCUGGAAAAUCUGAACUAUGUGUUGCCCCCUUCAUUUUGCUUCAAUGACCAGAGAGACUUUACAGGGAGCAUCCAGUAACAACAACUCUUUAUGUUCAUACAUAUGGAAUUGCCUUUUCUCUGUCUCAUUCAGCCUCAACUCAAACACUCAUAAUCAUUUAGUAUCUGUUGGAAGACCGAGCUUCAGUGAAGAGUACAUCAUAACUGCUGCUGUCUGAGUUUUGCAGGUCUCAUUUGUAUUAAAUGCUGCUCCUGUUAAAAUGGCAGAUAUUGUACUGCAGUUAUAAGAGUAGUGACAUAGAAACAAAAGGUUCUAUGCAAAUUCUUUGACCAGAAUGUCAUGUAUGUAUUAUAGGUCUAACUUACCUGUGGAUGGUUUUCUAACAGGGGAGUAAAAAGUAUAACUUUGGUUGCCAAAUUCAGAACAAUUAUUCAAGACAUUUUUCAUCUUUAUUUCUGAUAAAGUUGCAUUGUGGGCAAAUUGAGACUGAAGCAACAUGUAAGUAGUAGUAAUUUUACAGAGAGCACAUUACAUUCAUUGUAAGGUAAAAGGGAUAGACGAGUAAAAUAAAUGUGACUUCAAAAACCUAACAGCCAUUCUCUUUACACACCUCUGGAAUAUCCUUGAAAACAUGGAGCAAAGAGUGCUUAUAGGUAUUUUUUGUGCAUGACUAAAAUGUAAUUUACUUAAUUGAUUUCUACUAAUGCAGAAAAUUAUGGAUCAGGCAAGUGGACUUACUUGCUACAACUGGUCUGCUAAUCAUUGCUUCUGCAGGCUUGUAUCAAGUGUGAUGAGGAGCGGGGGCUUAUUUGCUUCACCCCACCAUGUCUUCAUAUGGGCUACAGUCAGAUGAAAAGGGUUUGUUCCUCCUUUUCUUUUCUAGCACUUGACCAGUUUCAUUGAUAAAUGGACAAUUGGAUUCAUACAAAGUGGAAGAUACAGCAUCUGCUAUGUUUUAUAAGCAUCUAAUUUAAUAAAUCACUGGUCAAAAGGACAAA